AUGGUGGAUAGGCUUGAUGCAUCAUUUACUGGAAGUGGUCAAUCAACAGAAAAUAGAGAUAUGCCUUCCCAGUCACCCUUGACAGCUGUCUAUAAAGUGCACCUCCAUUGCUUUGAACAGUUGCCCCAGAAGCAAUCUCAACCACGCAUAAUCUCCUUUAAGUUGGAUAGAAUCGUCUCUAAUUCUGGAGGCGAUCUCCCCGAUGUGCGAAUUUGGAACGAAGUCGGAGAUUUCGUUGGUAAAACUGUUGACCCUGAGAAGGUUGAGGCUGGAAACAUUGGUGAAAUCAAAGUCCAGCAUGAUAAUCAGGGAGUGUACACCUUAUCCUCAGCCAAUGAUGAUACCGUCUGCAUUGCCUGGGUCUCGACAGCGUGGACUGAUGACGGCAGCGGCAACAAGUAUGCCGUGACGGGUGACUUCAGCGAACCUUGUGUUCCAAGCAACUUACGUAUCAGUGACAAGAUGGACCAUCAGCCUAAUUGCUUCUGGAUCGACAAGAAUGGAGACCAGCCGAUGACUGGAUUCCAAAGCCAGUUUGACGAGAACAACAAGGACCCGAAGAGGCUCUGCAACAACGUUGAUUUUGGAUUGCGUGAGGAGAACGGCCCCAGCACAAUCAAUUCCUAUACCAAGAGAAAGAGAGGUACGCCCACCCGUACCCGCCGCUAUACUCCUCGUUAUAGCGGAGACGAAAAGACGAGAUGCUUCAACUUGGGACGGCAACGUAUUUCCACCGCGAGGGAAACGGAGUUAGUGAAUACUACUUCUGCUGAAUGA